CGUAUCAAAAAUUUUCACUUUCAUUUGCAUCUCUCUCAUAAACAAAACCUCGGAGCACAAGCACUUUCUCUUACUCUUCUGACUUUCUUCGAAUCCCACAACGAUACAAAGUUCAAGAUCUUCAAUCGAUUUGGUCGAUACAUCGAUUCAAUCUCAUUCAAGACAUUAUCGCUCGAUUAAUUUCUGCGUUAAAUAGUUUGCAUUAAUUGUCAGAAUUUCAAAUUUCUUUCUGCGAUGGAUCUAGGUUGCUUGGACAUGGGUUGCAUUGAAAAGCAGAGCAACGAGCCGGUUCUUGAUUCAGAAAACAAUGCGAACGAGUCUGUAAUGACGACUUCGAAGAUCGGAAAGAAUAAGGCAUUGAAAGAGGCUAGCCAGUCAAAUGUGAGUGCUCUAAACAAAUUUACAUCACAAAUUAAAAAGCCUCCUCAUCGAAAAGGUUCACCUCUCAACUGGUUCCCACGCAAAAAGGUGGACUCCUACUUAAAGAGGAAAAUAAAACUCCUGCAGGAAGUAAGUGGCAUGAAAACUCUCGAUGAGACUUUAGGUGAUUCAAAUCCCCACUACUCAAGAGUCUUGAGAGAAAAAAUUGCAGUUAGAGAGGCUGCACAGAAGGCAAUGGAGGCUCGGAAGGCUGCAAUGGUGGAAGCAUCUUGGUGUCGAAUACUUCGAGCAGCAAGGAUUCAAAGUAAAGAUGCAGAAGUUCUACUGUUGGAAGCGGAAAAAAGAACAGCUGAAGCUUUUGAAGCAGCAACAGCUGUUGGAGUGAUCAUGCACGAUAUACAAGAUUGCUCACGGAAGCAUUAUGAGAUAGAAACAUUAUCUGCUAAUGGAGGAGGAUCUACUACUACUACUCAUCGAGUUACCGCAUCUUUUGAAACUGCAUUCGAAGUAGAUAAACAAGUAGCUGCAGCUGUAAAAGCUGCAUUCAAUAGGCUUGCAAAUUGCCCUUCUAUAAGUAAAGAAGAAUUCCAAGAGUUGCUGCGUAAAAUCAGUCAAAAUCCAGAUACAGAUGAAAAUAAUCAGGAAUUGUCAGAGGUUUCCUCUGAAUGUGAAUCUGAUGCGGAGUCGGAACUUGAAUCGGGAUCUCAAAAGGAGGAUGGUUUGAGUUAUCAAGACUUAAACUGUGAGAUGGCAGUUGCCGAGGCAAGACAAAGGAAAUACAAGAUGAGGCAGCUCUCUGAGAAGUUUAAUAUGACAAAGCUUGUGGACAUGAUGCUGGAAAGACUCAUGUGUUUGCAUGAAGAUGAACUUGCUUCUCUUGCCACUAUAGUUGCAACUUGUGGUUUAAAUGCUGCUCUAGCUGAAGCAGAAAACUGGAAGCAGCGUGAUUUAGGCUCUGCUGGUGAUUUUACUUCUGCUCCAGCUCAUCAUGUCUCCCGGAGAAUGUCUUCCCUUGGAGCAGGAAUGGUGAGAAACUCAAACAUGGAAUUCUUCAUGGAUGGGCAGAUGAGAAAGAAGCAAGUUGAGGCAGAAGUUCCUAGUCUAGACAAGUUCUUGGUCAAGCACAUGACUAAACUUGAAAGGGAGGUGCAAGAAGCGAAGAACACCAGAAGGAAAGAGGCCGGGGAAGAAAACAGAGAGAAUUUAGAUAUUACUGAUAAUGGAAAGGUAAGUUUAGUAAAUAAUACAAGUUCAGCUGGGAUUAUACCGGACUUGGGAAGUAUUCUUGUGAAGCACUCUUCAAAGUUUGAGAAGGAAAUUGAAGAGGCAAAGAAGGAUUCGGGGUAUAUGUAUGAAAAGGAACACAAGAAUUAUAACAGCAAUAUGAUUUCGUCAGAGGUUGUUCCUGACUUGGGAAGUAUACUAACAAAGCAUUCUUCAAAGCUUGAGAAGGAGAUUGAAGAGACAAAAAGGAAACAUGGAAAAUCAUUUGAACUGAAUGGCAAUAAUUUUGACAGGUUGCAAAAUAAAGGAUUCAAUCGUGCAAAACAAGAUGUUACAGAAGUUCCUAGUCUAGAUAAGUUUCUGGUGAAACAUGUAUCAAAACUUGAAAGGGAGGUCCUAGAAGCAAAGAACAGAAGAAAAAUUGAGAAGGAUGAAGGAAACAAGGUGGUGACUGACUUGAACAAAUCUACUCCAUCCGCACAAUCAGAGGGAAGUGCAGCUUCUCCAUGUUCUGAUGGAGGUGGAGGAGUGGGGAAAGAAAAUAUCAACCUGACUUUGCGGCCACAAAAUGCCACAGAUUGUUCAGGAGAUUCUUUUCCCCCAAACCUGGGAAGCUUAAGUGGAAAUGAAAUUUGCAAGACAGCAAAAACGUUGCCACAGGAUGAUGACAGCAAAGAAAAUGAAAAUAGCUUAGAAAAUAUACUGGUAAAGCCACCAGUUCAUCGGCUGGAAAGGGAGAAAAUGCAAGCAUCAUCACAGCAGGGAGACAGUAGGUUUCAGCGAUACCAAAAGAAACAUGGAGGACAUGACAUUACAGAUUGUGAAAGUCUAGAUAAAGUUUUAGUGAAGCAUGUUUCAAGGCUUGAGAAAGAGAAAAUGGGGUUUGGUAUGAAGGAGGAAGCAGUGAAGUUGAAGAGGAGGGAAACAAACACACAUUUGGAAAAUGGCGAAGGUAGUUUGGACCAAAUUUUGGUUAAACACAAGCCAAGACUUGAGAGGGAAAAGAUGGCUGCUGCUCGGCAACCACAUGAAGAGAUCAAACAUUCAGCAUCUCGCAGAGAAGCGAGGGAGAGAGAGUUGCAAGAAGCAUGGGGAGGAUUGAGUUUAGGAAACUCUGUACGUCCACAUGUCUCAAGACUGCAACGAGACAAGGCUGCGUGGCUUAAAGCUGAAGAAGAGGAAAGAGAAAGAGCUAUAUAGAGAGUUGUGAAUUUUUUUUGGCAUCUCACUUUUUUUUUUUUGUGUUGUUAUCUUGAUGAUCUGUGUGAGUAAACAACUUACCAAAAAAAUGCUUCCCUCACUCUAGUGAUUUUGAUGUUACAUGUACUAAAACAGUUGAUCAAUGCAUUUGACAGACAAGCUUUCUCAUGCUUGUGUGUCUUUUCUUUCCACA